AGUGGGUGUUCAAUUCUAGAAUUGAACGUUUGAACACCCCUACUCUCCCGCCAUCCCACACGAACAUGGGCUCCCGGCAAUCUGCUUUAUACGAACAGGACUCGCCUCAAAGUUUAGGACCUCGCGACUUCAGCCCUUCAGAAAAUGAUGUGGUUCAAGUUCGAUUUGUUCUACUUAAUUUUUUACCUCGGGAAUUGGUCGAUAUCAUCAUCGACGAAGCGGAAUACUGGUGUAGAGCUUGCAUUGGAGAGCGAAAUGAGAAGUUGAAAAUACUGGCUUGUCCUUAUAACCAGCAUGACGCCCGGCUCUGCUAUCUAUUAACCCAGCCAAUUCCCGGUAAUGAUAAUCUGGAAGAAAGACGUCCACGGAAAGUACGGAAAGUUGUUUUUAAUACUAAGAGUCAUGACCAGGGUUGGGGUGGACCUCCGACAGAAGAACUGGAGGAAUAUGGUCCUUAUCACGGCUCUUUUACCUGGUUCGAAGCCGGUAUUGUUCGUUUCAUCGAUGAAUCCGCUGAACCUGUGGGCAUACACACUUUAAUCGCGGACCCGCAAGUGUUGGAGAACUUCAUGGUCGGACCCUCGCCUCGGCGGUGGUUCGUGUACUGUAAUCGUACAGCGGAUUAUAAUACUGCACGACAUGCUACUAUUUGGUCUCUGUGCGACGAAGAUCGUACGAAUGACGAGAACGUAGCGAGAGGACGGAUGGGAAAGGGUAGAGAGUUUCUGAGUCAUUUGGAGCCCGGGGAUAGGAUUGCAUUGUUGGGUAGAGCGAUGUUCCCACAAUGGACGAACCACAUCGUGGGAGCUUCCAUAGAUAUUGUAUAUUCCUUGUAGACUUGGGCAGUAAUCGAUUGAGUCACCUUCCAAUGGCCGCAUUGAUGGUUAAUUUCAC